GCGGAGACUGUCUAACCCCGGUUUUCAAUAUUUGUUUCGAAUUGAGUUUGAUUUGAAACGUUGAGGUGUUAAAACGUAUAUUUUCGUGUUAAGCGGUAAAGUGCGCAUGCGCGAAGGCAUCUACGUAAUACGAUUUGGAGAUUAAAAAAAUAACAAAAAACAAAACGUAAUAUUACGGACUUUUUUGUGGUCGGUGCAAACGAACGUUAAAAAAGAAACAACGACAACAACAACAAAUAAAACACAUUCUCACAUUCAGUUGUUGCAACCGGAUAAAGAGAAAAACAUUGUUCUUUUUCCAUACGAGAUUUAAAUAUAUUAUGCAAAUAAAAGCUUGAUUCCCAGGCUCAAGGAUUUGGAAUAUUUUCAAUAAAAAACCUAGGAUUUCAAAACUUUAAAAAUGUUGCCUGUUUAUCAACAACGUAGCUAUCAUCACAACUUCAACAUGGCUGAUAUCAAUAAUAAGCCCAAACUACAGAUUCGCGCUGGCAUUGCCGUAAAUGGCGAUAAAACCCCCUCUCCGGCCACCAAGUUGCUGAUCAAUCAUGGCAAGCCAAAUUUCACCAUUCAACGUUCGCCCAAGGUACAAAAUGGCAAUGGCACGGUUAUAAAUGGCAACCCAUUGUCACCACAGCCGGUGGCGCCCAAACAGGAAUUUGUGGUAAAAUCGACCACUUUCAAUGGUGUCUUUAAGCCAUCGAAUGUUAGUCCUGUGGCCAAACCAGUUUUGUUAAAACAAAAUGGUAACAUUACCAACAACAACAACAACAUCAUUAGCAAUAACAACAACAACAAUGUCAAUACCAAUAACAACAACAAUGAUGAUCAUGAAAUGAACAAGGUGGUGUUGCGACGCACCAAAGUCCCUGAACCCCCCAUCAAGGAGGGUGAAGAUGAAAAUGUCCCUGAAUUUAUUCGCCGCCAAAGACGUAUCCAGGAGCGACUGGCCAAGGAGAACUUGGACUUUGAAAACAGACGUAGUGGCUAUUUUACUCAGGUUUUAAUUUCUCCCUCUUCGCCCAAUCGCAAAUCCUUUGUCGAGACAAUGUCCAGCCCGGCUGUGGUGCCAAGUUUGGAAAUACCACCACCCGCGGCUCAACCUGAGAAAAUUGUGGAGGAAACUCAUGAGGAGAAACAGGCUGAGGAAAGGGUAUUGCAGGAAAUUGCUAAGGAAAUUGUGGAGGAACCCAAGGAAGUAGAGGAGUCAAAACCUAUGACGGAAAAUGGCCAUGACGAAGAGGUGAACAAGGCAAUUGAGGAGGUCAACAAGGCUGUGGCCGGGGAAGAUGAUGAAAAACCCGAAGAGGAACCACAAAGUGAGGAGCAUCCAGUCCAGCAGGCUGUGGUCACCUCGGCCUUGGUGGAGGAUAACCAGCCCGAAAGUGUAGUUGCUGUGGUGACAUCUGCCCCGGAGGUAGAAGAAACCCCAGCCCAAGAAACUGAGGCUCCCGUCCAAGCCGUGGUAACCUCCGCCUUGGUGGUAGAGGAGGAAGAACAAAAGCCCCAGGAAAAUGGCCAUACUGAACCAGCAAAAGUAGAGGAGGAACACAAACCCCAAGAAAAUGGCCACGUUGAAGCUGUAGUCGUCACAUCAACCCCCCUCGCCGAGGAAGAACCCAAAACCAAUGGCCAUGUCGAAGAGAAUGGCAAUGGAAUCACAAUUUCCCACACCAAUGCCUUGGCCACACCCAGCCUACCUUCACCCGAUCCCAGCGGUGAAAAGGGUGUGAACUUUGAACCCAAAACUGUGGUUUCCUUUUCACGGGAACUGGGAGAAGUUAAUAAAUAUCCCGACACAGUAAAGGUCGUAAAGGAAGGCGGUGAGGCACCCCAGGUUGAUGAUGACCUCAAAGAAUUGGCCAAAUUGAAAUUUGAAAUUAAGGCUGAUGACAAGGAUAUUGAAGUGACACCAGUACUGAAAGUGGAGUAAAACAAGCAAUUUCACACACACACACACAUUUUCCAGUAGCUUUAGAAAUAGAACGACAACAACCAACAAAUCUACCAGUUAAGAUAUGGAGAUUGAGGGCAAUUUAUCUGCCAUGGCCAUUCUGAAGACUAGAUUUUGUAAAAUUUCUUCAUAAAUUCCACAAGAAUAAGCCAUAAUGGACUCUCUUUCGUUGAGGGUCAUAAUAAAUUGUAAUUAAUCUCUGAAAACAAGGCAAGACUCUUCCCAAACGAAGAACUCUCUUUGCAUGUAACAGUUAUGGUUCCUUUCUCUUUUUCUCUUUCAUUUUAAGCUACCGUUGUUUGUGAGGGGAUCUCUUUUCAAAUUCCCCUACAAAUAAUGUGAGCAUCUCUUUAUUCAAGUCAUUUUCCUUCAAGAGAGGAAGAGAGAGAGCGCGCCUUAAACCUAACUAAAGAGAGGUGGAUUUUGCCUUUUUUGCUAUAUUAGUUUAUAAAUUCUUGAAAAAAAAAAAAAAAAACAACCAACAUUUCUUAUAUCAUAAAUUAAAUAUCCUUAUUAUUGUUUAUUCACCCAUAAACAAAAUGGCAUUAUAGCGGUAAUAUGUUCAUAUAUAUGUAUUUUUAAGUUAAAUAAACUGUAAAA